GAUCCAAUUGCCGGAACAACGGAAGUGGCAACGGCAAGCAGAGGAGAUCGCGGACGAACUUCACCAUUGAGCAACUGGCCGAGCUCGAGAGGCUCUUCGACGAGACGCACUAUCCCGACGCGUUUAUGAGGGAGGAGCUGAGCCAGCGGCUAGGUCUCAGCGAGGCGCGGGUACAAGUCUGGUUCCAGAAUCGACGCGCCAAGUGUCGUAAACACGAGAGCCAGUUGCACAAAGGCGUCGCCGGGAGCAUGGUGCUGGCGCCGCGCAGCCCGCCGACGACGUUGGAACCAUGUCGAGUUGCACCUUACCUGCCAGCCCUCAGGUUGCAUCCGCCGAUGCAGGGAACGGCCGCAAACGUCACAGUGGGAUCAGCCUUCGACCCGGCAGUGCUGCACUAUGCGGCGGCCGGAGGCCUUUUCUGUCUGCCGCCACCACCGCCGCCCCCGACGUCGUCGGCCGGUCAUCCUCCUCAUCCGCUGAGCCUGGCGGCGUCACUGGCCGCCGCGGCGGCUCGCUCGAAGAACAGCAGCAUCGCAGACCUUAGACUGAAGGCGAGACGGCACCAGGAGGCCUUAGGGCUCGACAGGCCCGCGUAAGGUCCGCGGCGUGGUACGUCUUGGACGAAGAGGGAUUCGACGGGGAUGAAGAGGUGCGGGUUGUCUUGACGGUGAGUACACCCGAGUUUAGAGAGGAUCUGUACUCUCAUCGAAAUGUGACUUUGAGCGACGCGAAGGAAGGACAGUGGACCGAUAUUGUGAUCGCGGUGACUUCAAUUUUCGAAUAUCAGUAAGGAAGGUGCUUAUUUUACGUCAAAGUGAAUCGUUGUCGGCGCUCGUUAAAACUCUACAAACGGGCACAAAUAUAGAUCUAUAUCUUUUCUGAGUGAAAACUUUAAUCCAAAUUCAAGAAAUUUUAAUUGUAUUUUUUUUUCCCUUUGUAUUAUUUUGGUAUUGAAAACGUCGCAGUUGUUUGUUAUACACGGUUAAAGUUAUAAAGCGCACGUCGUUGUUGUUUUGUGCAGGAACUCGCUCGCGUAUAGAGUAUUACAAGCGGCACACGCGCAUCUCUUCAUCCGCGACGUGCCGAAGAGUCUGAGAAGUACAAAGGACAUUCAAUGUGUAUAAAGUAAAGGAUAUGUGCGACGGGAAGCAUGUAACAUACAUAAUGUAUACUGAAUCGGGAAUCUCGCUUGUAUGUCGAUUAGCGUACUCUGUGUCGAAGAACUGUGAUGUAAAACCGCGAAGUUUAAUCAGCACCGAUGUCUUAGGAAGGUGCGAUACAUUAAUGUAAAGUUUAUAGUCACCAAUUCUUGAACCAGUUCUCAUCUCAUGUUAGCGGGCGUUCGUUCGGAGCGGAAGUUAACAUAGCUCUGUGUAUAUGCUCACACGUGCGAAGGCACAUUUAAACAGAAAGUUUGUCCAAGUGAUACUUGUCAACGUGGAAACACAGGAUGUGUCAAGGUGCGUUCAAUAUUUUGAUGAGUUAAGAACAAAGAAAAUCGUAAAACAUUUUCUAAAAUACGUUUUCUUGACGAACGAAACUAUUGUCGACGCCGACCAGAAAGUUUGAAAAACGAGACGCAUCGAAAUCACUGACCAGCUGUAUAAAAAGGAUCUUAAAUCGCGUCUCUAAGAAUAGAUUUAAGUCGCAAAAGCAAUUUCCACGGGCGGUAUCAGUCCACGGUGAAAUUCGGGAAAUGCCAAGAUCACUGAUCAUCGUAAAAGGAACCGUGCGUCGUUACCAAGAGUAGAUUUCGGUCGCAACAGUUCUUACCGGCGAUAUUAGUCCACGAGGGAAUAUGGGGAAACUCCAAGACGCGCCAGGAUCGCUGACCAACCGCUGGCGGGAAUUAUAGAUCGCCGUGUCUUGGCAGCGGCUUGGAAGACAUAACUCUCGUAGAUGAUUCACGGGCGGGUGGACGGACGCCGGACGAUUUCUCGCGUUCGUCGCCGGCGAGCGAGCGAGCGGGGGACGGCGGACAGCAUCGCCGUCGGGGCGCUAAUGCAAUAACGCGCGGCUACGCGGAUAAAUCAAGCCGGGGCGAACCGCUCGAGCGGUGGCUGUGCCGUGCCGUGCAGUGCCACGCCGCGUAAUCGCGUUACCCCGGUCGUCCCCGGGGCGCCGUUAUUGUCCCGGAACCCCUUGCCCUCAGAAGGGAGGACGAGGUGCUCCGAAAGUCGCGCGUUCCUCCAGCCCGGUAAUUCGUCCGACUUAUCUCCGCGUAAAUCGUGGGGCGCGAUUCUUGUUUCUCAUCUAUUCAUUAGCGGGAGAAAUUAAGGACUUUUACGAUACUUCUCGAAUACGGAAAAUUCGCUGAGAGAAGGGUGAGAUGUUCUGGAUGUUAAAUAUUGCUGUUACAUAUAGCACGAGGAUAUAUUAGUGUUUGUCGAGGACGUGUUGCGGAAACUUACCGCUAUAUCAAAUCGCGAUGAAACGUCUUCCAGUGCAUUCUCGCAGAUAAAUCAAUCAUGCAUCUCGGAGGAGGGUUGUAAUCGCGUUAACACGGAUUUAUUCCGACCAUCCCCGGGGCGUCGUUAUCGUCUCAUCCGCGUGCGUCGAUAGGUCGAAGCAACGUCGCGUGACCGUGAUUUGAUUAGCGACUUUAAUUAAAAAGAACGCCGGCGCACAGUAACCGCUUCAACGUAUAUACGACCCAUAUACGGUUGAACUUUUUAUGGGCGUUGUAUAUAAAAUAGGAAAGCCCAUAAUUCGGUCCUUUUACGACCGCAGGAUUGAUUCUGCAACGGUGACUUACGGUCUCAUAAACCAACAUCUCUUUUUCACGAUAAAGCUUUCGAAUAUAUAGAUUAGCAGAUUUUCAUUGGAUUAGAAUUAAUUCAGUGUUAUAAAGAUAUUUUAAAUAUAAUUAAUUAUCUGCUACAUUACGUAUUGAAAUUGAAUCCACUUGUGUUGCAAAUCUCAUCGUUGAAAAGCUAAAUCGAUUGGGGCGAUUUGUUUAUGUAAAAAAAUCGAUAGACCCGUGUUCAGCCGCCCGUGUAAUUCAUUUAGCGAUUUGCGAUCAAAUUGUCAUCUAUUACUCCGUCCCGGAGGAGUAAUGGACGCGAAAAUGUGUUCUAUUUUCCCUGUCAGUUCUCGUAAAGAAUCACCGAGAGUUCUUGUGACGUUAUAGAAAGAACGCGUUGUGUAGCGCUGAAUAUAUCUCCCUUUAUAUUUUAAUUAAGUGUUAGUUAUCGAAGAUACUUCUACCAGAAGACGUAUAAUUUUAAUAGUUUUUCUUUAUUUAUUUAAAUAUAUUUGAUCUUUUUAGGUUUUCAAACGGAGCAAUAUAAAGGGUCUUAUCGUUAUCAUCGACAAUCACUGACUUUGCGAGGAUAGCAAUAAACGGAAAUA